UUGACUUUGCAGCAAUCCCUCAUACUGAGCAUGCAUGUAGCGACAGUGGAGAGGAAAAACUCCCUUUUAACAGGAAGAAACCUCAAGCAGAACCAGGCUCAGUGUGAGCGGCCAUCUGUCACGACCGACUGAGGGUUUGAGGACCAAGAAAUAUAUUUAAGGUUGUUGCUGUAAUGUAAAAACAAUGAGGAAAACUUCAAGGUCGAUGAAUAUAUUUGCAAGGUCCUGUAUAUAAAUGCAUACUGUAGUUUUUACUGUUUGAAGUGCAGUUGUUAAAAAAAUGUUUAAACCACUAUAAGCACUGUUUUCAAGUGAUAUAAUAUGUGCUGUUUUUUGCUUAAGUGACAGAUUAAGUGACAAAUGUUAUAUCUAAAGCACUGCUCUCCAUUUAUCAUCUAUAAAAUAUUACAUCUGUAUUUUUAUUGUGACAAAUAAAUUCAGACAAAUAUAAAGAGUUCAAUGAAUGCUUUUGUUUGAUUUUUCUAGAAAUACUUUGUGUUGCACCAAAGAGAAUAGACUGGUUUAUAACAUCAAACACAUAAUAUGCUUGUGUUACUAUAUUCUCCAAUGUUUUUUUGUGAAUCUGUUUGUUUCUUUACAGCUGCUGCUUACGUGGCUUAUUCCAUCACUGCAAGCUGUGUGUCUGCAGAAUCUGAUAUAAACAGUACUUUUUUGUGCCUGCAAGUCUCUUUUCUGAUCACUACUAACAUGAACUCAAACAGCCAUUCCACUGUUCUGCUUUUACUUCGUCUCGUGAGUAGUUUCAAUGAAUUCAAACCUCUUGUAGCAAUCAAUCAGUCAUUUACCGACAUGAUUAAGCUCUCUUUUACGCGCCUCCCUGUGAAGUGUAAUAAAUCUCUUACAUUUUAACUAAACCUUGUUGUGCAUGUGGGGAAAGUGGAGUUUGAACCUGGUGAUGUGUGGAAAUGGUUUCAAGACAAAGUCAGGUUACUGGGAUUAUCUUCGGGUUAUUGAUGCCGCAUUGUGUGGGCACCAGGCAGCCCAGGUGGUAUGAGACUCUGCAGGACAAGUUACUAAAAGAUGACCUACAAAUAUGCAGCUGGUGAUGGAGCACCAACAACCAACAUGCCCCCAACUCAGAAGCCCUCUUUUGGGAGCAACACCCUGGUCACUGUGGAUAUUGUGGUCCUGGUAGUAUACUUUCUGCUGGUGCUGGCUGUUGGUUUCUUGUCCAUGUGGAGGACAAAGCGCAGCACGGUGGAUGGAUACUUCUUAGCUGGGAAGAGUAUGACCUGGUGGCCUGUGGGAGCUUCACUCUUUGCCAGUAACAUUGGCAGUGGACAUUUCAUCGGUCUGGCUGGGUCAGGAGCCGCUGCAGGAAUCGGGGCAAUAGCCUAUGAAUGGAACGGAAUGUUUAUGGUGUUGCUCCUCGGAUGGCUCUUCCUUCCCAUUUAUAUCUCCUCUGGGGUGACAACCAUGCCAGAAUAUUUGCAGAAGCGCUUCGGCGGAAGAAGAACGCAGUUAUUUAUAGCAGUCUUGUCCCUGUUUAUUUACAUCUUUACAAAAAUAUCGGUCGACAUGUAUGCAGGUGCUGUGUUCAUCCAGCUUGCUUUAAAAUGGAAUAUCUACCUGGCCGUGGUGCUGCUGCUAGCAGUGACAGCUCUCUACACUGUAGCAGGUGGUCUUGCUGCAGUUAUCUACACUGAUGCAGCUCAAACUGCAAUCAUGCUGGCAGGAGCGCUCACCCUCAUGGGCUUCAGUUUUGCUGAGGUUGGAGGUUGGGAUGCUCUGAUGGAGGGGUAUUUCACUGCCAUUCCCUCAGUUCGUGUACCUAACUCGACCUGUGGCAUCCCUCGAGAUGAUUCCUUUCACAUAUUUAGAGACCCGGUGAACUCAGACCUACCCUGGCCUGGCGUUAUUGUUGGCAUGUCCAUUCCCUCCAUGUGGUAUUGGUGUUCUGAUCAGGUGAUUGUGCAGCGCUCUCUGGCUGCAAAGACUCUGACCCAUGCUAAGGGUGGGUCGCUCCUGGCUGCAUACCUGAAAGUUCUGCCUUUCUUUGCCAUCAUGCUCCCUGGGAUGAUCAGCAGGAUCCUCUACACAGAUGAAGUGGCGUGUGCAGACCCUGACCUGUGCAAACAGAUUUGUGGGAAUUCAGUGGGAUGUUCAGACAUUGCUUAUGCCAAACUGGUUAUGGAGCUUCUGCCUGCAGGGCUGCGAGGUCUCAUGAUGGCUGUGAUGAUUGCUGCUCUCAUGUCGUCUCUGACAUCCAUCUUCAACAGCUCUAGUACCAUUUUCACCAUGGAUUUAUGGAAGAGCUUCAGAUCUCAUGCUUCUGAAUGGGAGCUCAUGAUUGUUGGGAGGGUGUUUGUGCUCGUCUUGGUGGCGGUAUCAGUGCUCUGGAUUCCUGUUGUCCAGGCUAGUCAGGGAGGCCAGCUCUUCAUCUACAUCCAGUCCAUUAGCACCUACCUGCAACCUCCUGUGAGCAUUAUCUUCCUCAUGGGCUGCUUCUGGAAGAGGACUAAUGAGAAAGGUGCAUUCUGGGGUCUCGCCAUUGGUCUCACUGUGGGCUGCAUACGCAUGUUGUUGGACUUCAUCUACCCUGCACCACUGUGCUUUGAAGAGGACGACAGGCCCAGCGUGCUAAAAUACGUCCAUUACCUCUACUUCUCUAUGCUGCUGUCAUUCAUCACCCUGGGUGUGGUAGUUAUAGUCAGUCUGGCUACUGAGGAACCCACUCCAGAACAGAUAAGUCGUCUCACUUGGUACACAAGGUUUGAUCCAGUGAAGCCAAAAGAGCAGGUGAUCCCAGUGGAGCAGAGACAUACAGGAGGAGACGCAGAGAGCAGAAAUGGACAAGCUGGCCAUCAAAGGAGAGACUCUGCUUCAUCUGUGUCCAGCGCUCCCAGUCAGUCCAGGUUCAUAUCCGCCAUCUACUGGUUGUGUGGGAUGGAGAGGCGACGGGAGGCGGACAGCAACACUGUGACUCCUCCUGCCCCCGAGCAGAUCAUCUGCACUCUGGAUGAAAAGCCAAAUCUGCGGCACCUUGUCAACAGCAACCUCAUCAUUUGCCUUUCUGUAACCGUCUUCAUCAUCGGUUACUGGGCUUGAUGGGCAGAACUCUAUGCAAUUCCUUAUGAAAGUAUUCCUACCCUCGAGACUUUUUCACGUUGCAGCCACAAAGGCCAAUGCAUUCUAUAUAAGGAGCUUUAUGCAAUAGAUCAUUUUGAAGUAGAGGGAAAAUGUUAGUUUGGCAUGUAUUUCUAUUCCCCUUACUCAGAUACCCCUAAAUUAAAUCCAGUGCAACCAACUGCCUUCAGAAGUUGGCAAAUUAGCAAACAAAACAUAACUGUAUGUAAUUUAAUCUCAAUAUAAACCCAGAUAUUCUGUGAAGGCCUCAGAGGUGAGAUAGAGAACAUUAGAGAACUAACAGCAUCAUGAAGACCAUGGAAGGAGGCGAGGCUUAAAGUUGUGGAGAGGUUUAAAGCAGGGUUAGAUUAGCCUUGAACAUCUCAUGGAGCACCGUUUAAUCCAUCACCUGACAAUGAAGAGUAUGGCACAACUAACACUGACUAGCCCCAUGGGGAAACAUGGCAGUGGCAACAUAAUACUGUGGGAAUCCUUUUUUUUCCAGCAAGCACAGGGAAGCUAUGGAAAGAUGGACACAAAUGCGGGGAAAGAGUGGACAAGACCUUCAGUCUCUAGUCGCAUAAGAUGCAGAUUGAGUUUUCAGAUGUUAAUUUGUGCAAACAAAAUAAAUAAAAUGAAACCCUUGCAUAAUUUUUUCAUAA